CUUGCCUCGCCGGCUCUCCGGGCCGGUGGCGGCAGACAUGCCGUGCCUGCUCCAGGGCUCGAAGCCGCGGCCGGCUGCGCAUCCCGGGGCUGCCCGCGGCACGCACAGCUCGGGGAAGGGCUACGAGCAGCUGAGGCAGGAGUGCCUGCGCACCGGCGUCCUCUUUGAGGACCCCGACUUCCCCGCCUGCAAUUCGUCUCUCUUCUUCAGUGAGAACCCACCCAUUCCCUUCGUCUGGAAGCGGCCUGGGGACAUUGUCAAAGACCCCAAGUUUAUCCUUGGAGGAGCCACCAGAACUGACAUUUGUCAAGGGGAUCUUGGUGAUUGCUGGCUUUUAGCAGCUAUAGCUUCUCUCACACUGAAUGAAAAAACACUAGCACGAGUGGUGCCACUGGAUCAAAAUUUUGGGCCAGAUUAUGCUGGAAUAUUUCACUUCCAGUUUUGGCAGCACAACGAGUGGCUGGAUGUCGUGAUUGAUGACCGAUUGCCCACCUUCAAGGGCCGGCUGGUUUUCCUGCACUCAGCUGAACUGAAUGAAUUUUGGAGUGCCUUACUAGAGAAAGCCUAUGCCAAGUUGAAUGGCAGCUACGAGUCUCUGAAGGGUGGCAGUACAAUAGAGGCCAUGGAAGAUUUCACUGGGGGUAUAGGAGAAACGUAUGAUGUUAAGGAGGCUCCUGACAAUUUCUAUGAAAUCCUAGGAAAAGCCCUGAAAAGAUGCUCAAUGGUGGGCUGUUCUAUUGAUACCAGCAGUGCUGCUGAGUCAGAAGCCCGAACCCCGUUUGGCCUCGUGAAAGGCCAUGCGUACUCUGUGACUGGCAUUGAGGAGGUGAGCUAUAGGGGCCAGCAAGUGCAGCUCAUAAGGAUAAGGAACCCAUGGGGACAGGUGGAGUGGAACGGCCCUUGGAGUGACAACUCUGCAGAGUGGCGCUCAGUCAGCCCAUCGGAGCAGAGACGCCUGUCUCAGGCAGCACGGGAUGAUGGAGAGUUCUGGAUGAAGUUUGAAGACUUCAAAGUGCAUUUUGACAAAGUUGAGAUUUGCAACCUGACUCCAGAUGCCCUGGAAGACAGCACAGCCCACAAAUGGGAAGUGGCCGUCCACCAAGGAAGCUGGGUCCGGGGAGCUACCGCAGGAGGAUGUAGAAAUUUCCUAGAGACUUUCUGGACAAAUCCACAAAUCAAGCUGCAUUUGACUGAGCAGGACGAUGGACAAGAUGGCUGCACAUUCAUAGCAGCCCUGAUGCAAAAGGGUCGCCGUAAACUCAAGAAGCUUGGAGCUGAAAUGCUGACCAUUGGCUACUCUAUUUAUGAGAGCCCUGGCAGAGAUGGACACUUGGGCAAAGACUUCUUCAGGUACCACCCCUCCAAGGCCAGGAGCAAAACCUACAUAAAUCUAAGGGAAGUAUCCCACCGAUUCAAGCUGCCACCAGGUGAUUACAUUCUUAUUCCAACCACCUUUGAGCCACACCAGGAGGCAGAUUUCUGCCUGAGGAUCUUCUCUGAGAAGAAGGCCAUCACUGAGGAUCUAGACGAAAACGUUGCCAUUGAUCUUCCCGAGCCUCUACAUCCAACCCCAAGCCCACAAGAAACUGAAGAAGAAAAGCAAUUCCGGGCACUGUUUGAGCAGAUUGCAGGAGAGGACAUGAAGAUAUCUGCAGAAGAGCUUGAAUAUGUUCUGAAUGCUGUAUUAAAAAAAACAAAGAAUAUAAAAUUCAAGAACUUAAGUCUCAUUUCAUGCCGAAAUAUCAUUUCUCUUAUGGGUACCAAUGGCUACGGGAAGCUGGAAUUCAGUGAGUUCAAAGUUUUCUGGGAAAAACUGAAGAAAUGGAUAAAUAUCUUUCUUCAAUUUGACUUUGAUAAAUCUGGCUCCAUGUCCUCUUAUGAGCUUCGUGGUGCUCUUAAAGCUGCAGGAUACCAGCUCAACAAUUACCUGCUGCAACUGAUUGUCCUCCGAUACUCUGAUGAGCAGUUCCAGAUUGAAUUUGAUGAUUUUCUGAACUGCCUAAUACGCCUGGAGAAUGCGAGUCGAGUAUUCCAAGCACUGAGUGUGAAAAACAAGGAGUUCAUUAACCUGAAUAUAGGCGAGUUUAUCAGUCUGGGAAUGAACAUCUGAAGAAAUCUGAUUUGGAUGCCAGGAGUUUCUUGCAACUUUGCUGCCAAGACUUUUUUCCCAAGAGCUGAGGUCCCCUUCACAUGCAAACUUCACCAGGAGAUUUCCUGCAGAAACAUGCAUGCUACCCCCACUUUCUGUUCUCCAGCCCUGUGGAUGAAUUCAAGUGUCAGAUCAUGUGUUUUUGGUAAAGCCUGAUACUGGAUUUGUCACUGAGCAUUUGGAUGGGGCACAUAUGCCUCUCAAGCAGUCUGAAACUGUUGUUCCUGAGUGACCACAGGUUUUUAUGAAAUAGGAUUGUGUUUAG